UCUGUCAUUCGUACUCAGAUUUUACAGAGAACGUAAAUACAUUCUCUGGAUUUUAGCCAUAAAAUAAUCUGAAUAUUAUUCAUAGAAGUUUACGAAGUUCUACUUAAUUAUUAAAUGACAAGAAAACGAAAACAAAUUAAUUCGCUUAAAAAAGUUGGUAGGAACGAGAAACGAUUCCGGAUGGGAACCAAUGGAGCAUCAACUUCUAUUAUGUAGGUGCAAGAAACGAUGCGAAGAAACGGAGUCUACAAACACUGUAUCCACAAAGGAAUGGAAGCGAUGGUGCCGACUUUGCGCGAAAUAUGAUGGCGAUCAACUUAAUAUUUUUGCUGAUUCACAAAAAGCGGAUAUUCAAGCUUUUUCAAUUAUAAUGGAACUGUUUCACUUUGAAAUAAAACCGAACGAUGAGCUGCCCCAUUUAUUGUGCCCUGAAUGUUGGUCUUUGAUUAAUUACUUGGAAAAGUAUGCUAAGCAUGUAAGGAAAGUGCAAGUGAUGUAUCAUGAUUUGAUUAACGUAUCAAAUUUAACUCCAACUAAUCCUGCAGAGUUAUUUAUAAAAUAUAAUAUCUCUAAAUUGGAGUCAUAUAUGCAUGAAACAUUUUCAGAAAAUGAUAUUACAAACACAUCUGCAAUUGAACAAGUUUAUGUGGCGGACUUGUCGAUUGAUGUGGUUAAAAGUGAGGCCGUUGAAGAAAUGAACACUGACUUCGAUGCUGAAAUUAAAUUAGAACCUCCUGAUCCGUUUGCAACUGAUAAGCCCAACAAAGAUGAGGAGCACGAUCAUAUGAGUGAUGAUGAAGCAAACAGUGUAAGAGGAAGUCGAAAUUUAUCAACAGAUUCGAAAGAUAGCUUAUAUACCAAUGAAAUUAAGGAUUUAAAAAAGGAUGCGGUUGAUGAUAAAAAAGAGGGCAGUUAUGCUUGCAAUAUAUGUGAAUGUAAGUUUUCACAACGUAGAAAUUACGUCUGGCACAUGAAAAGCAAACAUAAUACGGAAACACCACAUAAGUGCACAGCUUGUCAAAGCGUUUUCAAAUAUAAAAAAGAACUGGAACGUCAUAUGAAAAAAAUGCAUGCACCAACAGUUUACGAUUGCUCAUAUUGUGAUAAAAAAUUCCAAGGAUCAAAAACUCUCGAAAAUCACAUAAAGUCUCAGCAUGAAAGAGAAGGUUGGUGUAUUUGUGAGGAGUGUGGGGAAAGUGUGCGUUCCCAAGAGAAACUAUUGGAGCAUAUGGCCCUACAUACAGGCCAUGGAGCUUUCGGUUGCAAGGAGUGUGGCAAACACUUUGCAAGAAAGUCCUAUUUGAAGAUACACUCCCAGAUUCAUGGCGAGAAACAUGUUUGUGGCGAAUGUGGCUUGGAGCUAACUACAUCUAAAUCGCUCAAUGUUCAUAUGAAAGUUCACUCCGAUGAAAUGCCACAUGCAUGUAAUUAUUGCGGACGCAAAUUUAGACGUACAAAAGAUUUGAAGAAACAUCUUAUAACACAUACUGGCCUAAAGCCGUUCUCCUGUGACUUCUGUGAUAAAACAUUUUCCAGCGGUACCAGUUGUCGUUAUCACAAAAAGCAUUUACAUCCGAAGGAAUUAGCGGAGCAAGAGGCAGCUGGUGUAAAGGCGUAUACGAAAAACAUUCCUAAAAUAGAUGUAUUGAAGGCGAUACUGCAAGGAACUGAUGCUGUGAAAGAAAUGGUUGAUGGUGCAAGCGAUAAGCGAAUAAGGCUUCCAAAAUUGGAUGCAGAGUUGCCUAACACUUAAAAGAUAGCCUAAAUAACUUUUAAGAGGUGUAUAUUUGUAUAUGAUCGAAUUUCCAAAAGAAGUAAUAUUGGAAGUUUUUAAUUCUCAAUAGACUAGGCCCGUUAACAUUAAUGGAAUGUAGUAAUAAUAACAUUUGAAGUCUUAAAUAGAAUUAAAAUAUCGUUGGUGGACUAUUUGUUGGAACAUUAGAAGAAACUGCAGACACCGAACCAAAGUGAAGAAAAGAUUAGUAAAUAAAUUCUUUCACAUUCUAUGUGCGAAAGUGAAGUUCUAUGUACAUGCAUUCGAAUAUUAAGCAAAAAAAUAACACCCAAAUUUGUUUUUGAAAUAAAUCAUUCGAUAAAUCAACAAUUAA